GAAACAAAGUUGGUCACAAAUCACAUUGGCUUUGCCCGAAGUUUUUUUUUUUUUUUUUUUUUUUUUUCCCUUGGCUCUUCUUUAGCAUGCUGCUAUGGAGAGAAAGUGACCACUCCUGUCAGACGCAGAAGUCGGAGAGGUUGGCUGGCAAGGGGGAGCCUGUGACUGCUACGUGACCAUGGUACCUGUUGAAAACAACGAGGGCCCCAGUCUGCUGAAACUGAAGGGCGGAGCGGCGGAGACGGACGCCAGCGCCCGGGCCCGCGGCCGCCGGCAUCCUCCUUGCACUGGAGGUUGCAGCCUGUUCACCUUCCUGUCCUCAGUCACCGCAGCUGUCAGUGGACUCCUGGUGGGUUAUGAACUUGGCCUCAUCUCUGGGGCCCUUCUCCAGAUCAAAACCUUACUGGCCCUGACCUGCCAUGAGCAGGAAAUGGUGGUGAGCUCCCUCCUCAUUGGGGCCUUCCUGGCCUCCCUCACUGGAGGCGUCCUGAUAGACAGAUAUGGAAGAAGGACUGCGAUCAUCUUGUCAUCCUGCCUACUUGGACUUGGAAGUUUAGUCUCGAUACUCAGCUUAUCCUACGUGGUUCUUAUCAUGGGACGCAUUGCUAUAGGGGUUUCCAUUUCCCUCUCUUCCAUUGCCACUUGUGUUUACAUCGCUGAGAUCGCACCUCAGCACAGAAGAGGUCUUCUUGUGUCACUGAAUGAACUGAUGAUAGUCAUCGGCAUUCUGUUUGCCUAUAUUUCAAAUUAUGCAUUUGCCAACGUUACCCACGGUUGGAAGUAUAUGUUUGGUCUUGUUAUCCCUUUGGGAGUUUUGCAAGCGAUUGCAAUGUACUUUCUUCCUCCCAGCCCCCGGUUUCUGGUGAUGAAAGGAAAAGAGGAAGCUGCUAGCAAGGUUCUUGAAAGGUUAAGAUCCGUCUCUGAUACAACAGAGGAACUCACAAUGAUAAAAUCCUCUCUGAAAGAUGAAUAUCAGUAUAGUUUUUGGGACCUGUUUCGUUCCAAAGACAACAUGAGAACCAGAAUAAUGAUAGGCUUAACACUGGUUUUUUUUGUACAAGUCACUGGCCAGCCAAACAUAUUAUUCUAUGCAUCAACUGUUUUGAAGUCCGUUGGCUUUCAAAGCAAUGAGGCAGCCAGCCUAGCCUCCACUGGGGUUGGGGUGGUCAAGGUUGUGAGCACCAUCCCGGCCACCCUUCUUGUAGACCAUAUUGGCAGCAAAACCUUCCUGUGCGUCGGCUCCUCUGUGAUGGCAGCUUCAUUGCUGACCAUGGGCAUCGUGAAUCUCAAUAUCCACAUGAACUUCACCAACAUCUGCAGAAGCCACAGCCCAAUCAAUCAGUCCUUGGAUGAUCCUGUGUUUUAUGGCCAAGGAAACCUAUCAGCCAGCAACAACACUCUCAGGGAGUACCUUAAAGGGAUUACUUCCCACAGCAGGAACUCAUUCAUGCCCAUGAAAAAUGACAUGGGUAAAACAGGGAAGAUGACCUCUGCAUCGUUACUAAAUGCUGGACUAAGCCAGACUGAAUCCCAGACAGUCACAGACCCUGCAGACACCCCAGCUUUUUUGAAAUGGCUGUCCUUAGCCAGCUUGCUUGUCUAUGUUGCUGCUUUUUCAAUUGGCCUGGGACCAAUGCCGUGGUUGGUGCUCAGUGAGAUCUUCCCCGGUGGGAUUAGAGGACGAGCCAUGGCGUUAACUUCUAGCAUGAACUGGGGCAUCAACCUCCUCAUCUCUCUGACAUUUUUGACAGUAACUGAUCUCAUUGGCCUGCCGUGGGUGUGCUUUAUGUAUACAAUCAUGAGUCUAGCAUCCCUGGCUUUUGUUGUUGUGUUUAUCCCUCAGACGAAGGGACGCUCUCUGGAACAAAUAUCAGUGGAGCUAGCAAAAGCGAACUAUGUGAAAAACAACAUUUGUUUUAUGAAUCAUCACCAAGAAGAAUUAGUGCCAACACAGCUUCAAAAAGGAAAACUCCAAGAGCAGCUCUUAGGAGUGUAAAAAGCUGUGUGGCUGGACAUCCACAGCAGCCUUCCCCAGUCCUGGGAGCCUUGGAGUGCUGACACAGCUCAAGAACAUGCAGGAGGAGGUCUCGAUACUGGAAGCUAUGUGCCACUCGUGUUUCCUCUUCUGUGGCAUGGAGCUAGUUUUAGGGUCUUCCUGAAAUUAGAAACACAACCUUUAAUCCCCUCUUCACCAAAAGGUGGAUGAGGUACAAGAUUCUAAGUGAUCUCUUUCUUAUUCUGAGCACAAAAUCAGGUAAAAUAUAUACACAUAUAUUGGCUGGUUCAAUACUUUUUCACAGAGCAGCCUUGGUGAGAUGAGGUCUUGGUGAAAUGAUCAACCUUUGCCUUAAGCUAUGUAUGUACAGAAGCCAGUUGCAUAUUUAUUAUUAUUCAGACACAAUACGUGUGGACACGAGUUUAGUUUUUGCCUAAUAUAAGACACUCCUUGCACUGGGUCUUGUGUGACAAAAAACCAGGACACACAAUGUGGAAAAUUUAAUUGCACAUAUACUCUAGAUUAGGACAGGGUACUAGUGAGGGUCCUAGCGAUAAUAUAGUUACAGUUCAACGAGUACAGACUAUACAGCUUAUUUUAUGUCAUGAAGUAUGCAAAAUAAUCUA